CAGUGGCAGCAGUGGCGUUCCUCCCGUUGAUAAUCGCGUCGGAUUCUCCGUUCGGAGCCGCUCGAUUGCCAGUCGUACCGGUCGUCGCACGCGCACACCGUCUCUGCCUUUCUCACUCGCUCGGGCAUCACCGCCGCCGUCGCCGCCACCGUCACCGCUACAGCUGUGCGUCGUCUAUACCGCGGUUCCGUCCGUGUGCGUCGCGCCGUCCAUCCCGACCGCCACCGAACAGACGAAUAAUAAACAACAAUAACGACAACGUCUCACUGCGAGCGUGUAGCUGUGUGCUGUAGCUGCUGCCUAAUAAACGGCUACGCCCGAUCGCGGAUAACAUACCGAGGCGGAACUCGGGAAACGGAAGACUCGACAGUGCCAUACGUGCAGAUAGUACCCGUUUAGUGUUCUGCUGGAAAACUCGGGCCGCGGACACGCCGCAGACAUCGACCGGAUCGACCGACCGCGGCGGAGGAGCAAUAUCGCCGGUCGUCCACGCGUACUGUAGCCGGUGGUAAUGGGAAAGAAAGGCAAAAAGACUAGAUGGCGGGAGCUGCCCAUCACUCUGGCGGACAAGCCGUAUGCGACUAUCACCCAAUUUUCCGGACGUCAACCGAUGGAUUCGAAACCAUCGAAUUUUGCCGCAGCAGCAAGUCGCCGAAGUCAUCACGCUCAACAUCAAACGUAUCAACACCAUCAGUUACCGAACCGAAAUCAUUCAACAAGCAUUAAUUCACAGAAUCAUCACGUGGAAUCUUCCACCGUCACGUUUAAUGAGGAUGAAUACACAAAGAUUACAACGCCUAGACAAGACGUGUUGUUCAAAAAAGGUUACUUGGGAAGACGUAAGCACAAUAGUGUACCAGUUAUUACUGAAGCUUUAAAUGAAAAUGAAGACGGCGUUUCAAUUGAUAUCAACCCUUUGGAUGAGUUUUGUGCUCACGGCGAAUAUAUUGACCCAUCUAUGAUGUAUAUUCUUAGUGGUGGCGGGUACGAGAUCUACGAUCCGUACACUGGUAAUGUGACUAGGCUGAUGGGGCCGCCACCGGGUCACUAUCCGCCGGUUGGACAUCCGAUGCUAGCGGCGAUGUACCAGCCGAUACCAAUGCAACACGUUGACUGGUAUAACCCUUCAAACGCAACUUCCGACUGGAUAUCAGGGGGUGCCGUAUACCAGCCGAAUAACAGACAGAAUAAGAAAUCAACGACUGCUGAUACUCAGCAGAACAACAGUACUCAGAGUUCAGAAGUGGGCAUCGGUGCCCAGGAAUCAAGUCUGGAUGAUCAGCAGAAUGUAUAUCAGUCAUCGCAGCCAUAUAAUAUAUACCCUGGAUAUAUGUUUGGCGCUGCUCUGUACAAUUAUAAUGGUGUAAACAUUCAAGUUCCACAGACUCAGUCACCUCCUUCUCCUUCAAUUAGUUGUGAUUACACUAAUGGAAAACGACGAAAGAAAAAAAAGCGCAGAAAGCGAGGAGACGUAACUGAUGAAUACUCAGAUUCUAGUUCAGAAGAACAAAAAAGUCAAUCGGGUGCUAGUUGUGACCUCGUACUGGACUCAGAAAAGACCUCUGAUUCGGGUGUGCUAACAAACAAUAGUGGUGGUUCAACGCCAGUGAAUGUCAUACCCGUUCAGUUGUCCCACAGCGCUACACCAUUCCAUAUGGAAUGUCCACCACCGUUUGAAAUAUUGCACGGAACACCGAUCCUCGUUCAUCAUCAUCCGGAUCAAAUAGCUGCAUAUUACCAACCGAUACCACAAUAUGCGGAACAAUCAGCCCCAAUCGGUUACCAGGUUAUACCAGAAGAACAAGCUGAAGUAGCAGAGAUCAUUGAUGACCAACCGGAUGCCGAACCAGCUCCUAGCUAUUCAGCAGAAAACUCCGACUCAGGCAUUAGCUCUCCAAACAGUGAAGUAAUGAUCAAAGCGUCGACAGAAAAUAAACAUGAAAAACCACAAGCUGUUAAUGGUAACAGUGGACAACCGUCGACUAAAAAAAGUAGGAAUAAGAAGAGUAAACAGCGAGAUAAAACUAUAACAGAAUCAGUUAUUAAGACAAAGAGUAAAGACUUGCCGAAAAACCAACAUGAAGGAAGUAAGAAAUCAUCAAAAAUCGCUAAAGAACCAGCCAUUAUAAAAAAAUUAAAUGCCAAAAAGAACAAAUCUAAACCAGAACAUGAAAAGUUAGAAACUACAAAACCACUUAAAGAAGAACAAUUGAAAGUAGAAAUAGAAAAUAUUUCAGAAGAAAUUAUUCAGUUAUCAAUCAGUCCGGAGACGGAGUGGAUACAAGAAGAAGAAUUUUGUUCGUUGGAGUGUACUCCCAGAUCUACGACAGAUAAUAUUCAUUUUCAAUUUACCAAGACACAAUCGCUUGAUUCAUGUGAGUCUGUGGAAGAGGAAACGUUUGCGACGGCGGUGAACACCGGUAAUUCUGAUACGGAGAACGAAAUCAGGCAAGACGAAGUUGGAAAACUAGAAUUGGCAUCACCUAUCAAUACAGCAAUCCCGGGACCGAUUACAGAAGCUGUAACGAAAUGGUUAAAUGAUCAGGGCGGCUUAAUGUUAUCCCCAUGUUUAAAUGAUUCAAAUGAUUCAGGCACUGAUGAUGGUGAACUCAGCGAAUACGACGAUUUCGAAGAACACUUAAGUACAACUAGUCCAAAAAACGUGCAAGGCAACCCUUACCCUGCGCUGUCUCGUAGUGACGGGUCAAGGGUUGCUGGUUCUUCAUCUCACGAUCAACGACAAAGCGGUCUUAUAUCCAGUGGCAUAUGUUGUUUAACUCAAUAAUUAUUUAGACAAGGUCAUUAUAUUUAAAACAAUAUAUACAUUGUAAUUAUUUACGAUAAAACCUGUACAAAAAAAAAAAAAAAAGUAAUACGAUAAGGACACUACUUACAGGG